AUGAAUCCCUCUCAGAACACAAAGUUUCCUCUGCACGAGGCUGCCCGGGAGGGUAGGACUCAAGUCGUUGAAUCUCUUCUUAGCACAAACCCGAAAUCUGCAUUUACUAAAGAUGAUGAUGAUCGUCUUGCUAUCCAUUGGGCUGUCGCCAACAACCGACUGGCUAUCGUCGAGCUCCUGGUAGCUGUCAAGAAUUUUGACCCCGAUGUUGAAGAUGGAUCUGGUUGGACUUCGCUCAUGAUCGCAGCCAGUCUCAAGGAUUCCGCGGGUGAUGCGAUCAUUGAUCUACUUUUACGCAAAGGAGCCGAUGUGAGCAUAAAAAGCAAUUCCGGACAGAAUGCCCUGCAUUUUGCCGCAUCCAAGGCUAAUAUCUCCACUGUCCGAACUUUGAUCGCCAAUAAGUGCAGUGCUCGAGUGAAGGAUAUCCGCGGGCAGCUACCAUUGCAUCGAGCAGCUGCAGUUGGCUCAGUUCCAAUUAUUAAAACUCUUCUAGAAGAAGGGAAGAGCCCCGUCAACGCGACGGACGGCGAUGGAUUUACGGCAUUGCACCAUGCCGUCUCCGAGGGACAUGGUGAUGCAGCAAUCCUGCUUUUGAAAUCCGGUGCAGAGGCAGAUAAGAGAGAUAAUGAGGGUCGACUGGCUGUUGACCUGAUUCCAGAUGACAAGGUCAAACAAUACAUUCUGCAAACUGCGGAGCGGGAAGGGAUUGAGCUCCCUUGA